CCGCAGUAAACCGCACGAAGAUUGGGUCUUGGCGACGGCGGCGGCAAACGCUGUGCGGAGCGGUUCGCGGCGGAGCGGUUCGCGGCGGAGCGGUUCGCGGCGGAGCGGUUCGCGGCGGAGCGGUUCGCGGCGGAGCGGUUCGCGGCGACCGGGGCCAUGGCCGUGACGCGGUGCGGAGCGGAGCUGGCGCGGGUGUAGGAUUCCGUGACUGCUGACUGGACACCGGGGCGUGUCGCUGUCCAGGGCGAACUUUGAAGCCAAGGCCUAGAAGCCACCGCCUCCUGGCAGGACUCUCACUAACUGAGUGACCCGACAGGUCCUCUGGCUUGUUCCGUGGGCUACUGGCUGCUGACCUCACCUGCUUUCCAGCGUUUCCCUUCCUCCUGCUCUGGCCAACCCCCUUGCAUCGAUAAUGUUCCUGGUGGGCCUGACAGGGGGCAUUGCCUCAGGCAAGAGCUCCGUGCUGCAGAUCUUCCAGCAGCUGGGCUGCGCAGUGGUUGACGUGGACGUCAUAGCUCGCCAUGUCAUCCAGCCAGGGUACCCUGCCCACCAGCGCAUCGUGGAGGCCUUUGGCACUGAGGUCUUGCUGGAGAAUGGCGACAUCAACCGCAAGGUCCUGGGAGACCUGAUCUUUAAGCAGCCUGACCAGCGGCAGCUGCUCAACGCCAUCACCCACCCGGAAAUCCGCAAGGAGAUGAUAAAAGAGACCUUUAAGUACUUCCUCCAGGGGCACCGCUAUGUGAUUCUUGAUAUCCCGUUGCUAUUUGAGACCAGGAAGCUGCUCAAGUACAUGAAACGCACCAUCGUGGUGUACUGCAAUCGAGAUACACAGCUGGCGCGGCUGAUGAAACGCAAUGGCCUGAGCCUCGAGGAUGCUGAGGCCCGUGUCCAGGCCCAGCUGCCCCUGAAGGACAAGGUGCGGAUGGCCAGCCAUGUGCUGGACAACUCGGGCGAGUGGAGCAACACGCGGCGCCAGGCCAUCCUCCUGCACAUACAGCUGGAACGGUCGCUUGAGUACCUGCCACUGCGGCUUGGCGUGCUGGUGGGGCUGGCCGGUAUUGCCAGCCUCCUCUACCUGCUUGCCCGCUGCCUGCUGCCUUCGCCACCCUAGCUGGGCACAGCCCUUGCACGCCUGGGUCUGGCUGGCCAGCCCUCCUCACUUCCCACCCCCCACUUUGGCGUCCCCUCCGGCUCUGUGACUCGAGGCCACACUGGUUAGACUGGGGACUUGGGCCCAAAGGCUCAGGCUUGAGUCCUUCCUGGCUUCUCCCCCAUCGAAACCAGACCCCUUGUAGACUGAGGAAACCCUUUUGGAAGACAGACAGGGAUGCUAUGGCCAGCAGAUGGGGAGGCCCUGCUGCGCCCUGGCUUCCCUCCAGGCCCCCACCCCAGGCCUCCUCCACACUGUUGGAGCCUGGAGCUCUCAGCACCCACUGGCCCUGCUGCUGCUCAUCCUGUGCCUCCCUCCAGCGCCAUGGCCUGGGACGUCUGCUGCCACCCAACCCUGCUCCGAAGGUGACUGGUUGGGGUCCCAGGGAGCCAGCCUCCCACAUUCCCUAUAAUCUAUGGGUGUCACCAGCGUGGAGCCUUGGCUCCUGGAGACAUGGGCCUCUUGGAGUAGAACUUCCCUCCUCCUUGCUGCUCCUGCACUGUCUGCUCCAGUGGUGCUAAAUAAAGUGUGAUACAGAU